CCCGCCUUAUCCCCGGCGGGCGUGCUCGCGGAGGGGACGGAGGAGGCCGGGACGCUGCCGGCGUGUGGGGGCGCAAGGAGAGCCGAAGGCCGCGGGGAUGUGGACGCCGCUGUUGGACGCGCUGUGGGCGCUGCCGCUCGAGAAGCGCAUCUUCGGCUCGGUGUUGCUCUUCUCUUGGACCAUCUACCUCUGGGAAACCUUCUUGGCGCAGCGGCAGAGACGUAUCUACAAAACUACUACACAUGUACCAAAAGAAUUGGGACAAAUCAUGGAUUCAGAAACAUUUGAAAAAUCUCGACUGUAUCAGCUGGACAAAAGUACUUUCAGCUUUUGGUCAGGAUUGUAUUCAGAAACUGAAGGCACUAUUAUUCUUCUUUUUGGAGGAAUUCCACAUCUCUGGAGUUUUUCUGGAGUAUUGUGUAGGCGUGCUGGUUUUGGGCCAGAGUAUGAGAUCACUCAUUCCUUGAUGUUCCUGUUUUUGGCCACACUCUUCAGUGCCCUCACUGGCUUGCCUUGGAGUAUUUACAAUACAUUUGUCAUUGAAGAAAAGCAUGGUUUCAAUCAACAGACUUUUGGAUUCUUCAUGAAAGAUUCUGUCAAGAAAUUUAUUGUGACUCAAUGUAUUUUAUUGCCUGUUUCUUCACUUCUGCUUUAUAUCAUUAAAAUUGGAGGUGACUAUUUUUUCAUCUAUGCCUGGCUGUUCACAUUAAUUGUUUCUUUGGUACUUGUCACCAUCUAUGCUGACUACAUCGCCCCUUUGUUUGAUAAAUUCAUUCCUUUGCCUGAAGGAACCCUUAAAGAAGAAAUUGAAGUGAUGGCAAAGAAUAUUGACUUUCCUCUGACCAAAGUGUAUGUUGUAGAAGGAUCAAAGCGCUCCUCCCACAGCAAUGCUUAUUUCUAUGGCUUCUUCAAGAACAAGCGGAUAGUUUUGUUUGACACGCUGCUGGAAGAGUACUCCAUGCCAAACAAAGAGCCCCCGGAGGAGGGCUUCUUGGAGCCCCCCAGAGAUGGAGAGGGGGAGAGCCCAGAAAUGAAGGCCAAAGUCAGAAAUAAGAAACAAGGCUGUAAAAACGAAGAGGUUCUUGCUGUUCUUGGCCAUGAACUGGGACACUGGAAGUUAGGCCACACAGUCAAAAAUAUCGUUAUCAGUCAGAUGAAUUCUUUCCUUUGUUUUUUCUUAUUUGCCAUAUUAAUUGGUCGAAAAGAACUCUUUGCUGCAUUUGGCUUUUAUGAUACUCAACCCACUCUGAUUGGACUAAUGAUCAUCUUCCAGUUUAUUUUUUCACCUUACAAUGAGGUACUUUCUUUUUGUCUCACAGUACUGAGUCGAAGAUUUGAGUUCCAAGCAGAUGCAUUUGCCAAGAAACUUGGAAAGGCUAAGGACCUAUAUUCAGCGCUGAUCAAACUAAACAAAGACAACUUGGGAUUUCCUGUUUCUGACUGGUUAUUUUCAAUGUGGCAUUAUUCUCAUCCUCCACUACUUGAGAGACUUCAAGCUUUACAGGAUUCAAAACAAGACUGAGAUGCCCAGGGUCUGUGCUUGAAGACAAGUUUCUGAACGUUUCCAUCCUGGCAGCAUGUUCUAGCUCUUAAUGUUUUUACUUUUUUUUUUUUUUUUCAAAGAAAAGAAUUAAGGUGGAGGUUGGUACCCCAAUUUAAAUGCAUUUAGAGCCCAUUUUAAAAUUGAUUGGAAUAAUCAAUUGUUUUAAAAAGGACAACACUGGAUGAGCUUUAAAAACAUAAUGUAUAUAUAAAGGUAUUUUUACUUUACUUUUGAUGAUAUAAUUUACCCCCUUCAUCUUCAUACCUGUAAUUGAAUCUGCCCAUUGAGUACUUUGGGCAAAUCUUUGGAGGAGUUGUCCCUUCCUCUGAAGCCUUUCUAUAGAGCUGACACCAUGGUCCCAAAUCAUUGUGCUCACACCAAACUUGAAUUUUUAAAUAGUUAAAAUUGUUCAUAUUUAAUCUGACUGACCAAUCAGUGUUUUAAAUAAUGAGGAAGGUAUUUGUCAGUACAGUUGACAUUGUUCUGAUGAAAUAUGGUUAUAAAUGUACUUCUGACUUCUGUUCCUAUAUCCACAUUUAGGUGGGCAGUCUAAGACUUUUUUUUUGUUUAUUGUUUUUUAUUGGGUUUUAUUCAUCGGAAUCUAUUUCACAAUAUAGAAAGUCACAGUUGACAAAAAAUUUAAUGUCAUUUGGGCAAAGUAUGUACCAUAUUAGGGAAAUCGGUAGUAUUUUUCAAAAUACCUUUAGCUUUUUUUGAAUUUGUAAUUCCUUUUUAUCCCUGACUUCAGCUAGAUCUUCAGUAAGGAAAGCUAUGUAAUCCUCUUUUGGGCAGAAACAGCCAUAUUAUGCAGAUUUACAUAUCUAUACUAGGAACAGAAUUUGGAGAGGAGAGAAUAAAAUAGGAUUUUUAGAACCCCCAUCCUCCCCCAGGAUGACAGGUUUCUUUUUGCAUUUAGGUGAAACCCUCUGAAAACAGUAAAAACUAAAAAGUAAUGCCUGUUUUGAGAAAACUUCCUUUAUUUGGAUUCCCCACUCCCCUUCUUCUGGAAGUAAUCAAUAUGAAUCACACUUAACAUCCACUUAGAUCAGUUAUAGUAGUUAUCAGUGGCCAAGCUCUUUUCAUUUCAAAGUAACUCUCCCACCAAGAGGUUCCUUUUGACAUUUUAAAAGAAAUGUGUAUGGGACUCCUUACACUUAUGUACAAUGCCUGAGGAAGCCCUAAGUUUUUGUGUCUAGUCUUUUCUUUAGUAUAUCUGCAUUCUGGGUAUUUGCUGGGACCAGCCUUCAGAUUUCUGUCAGUAAAAUUUUGCACAGCUGAGGUUUGAGGUGACUUCUUCACCAGAAAAUAUGAUUGAAGUCAGUAUCUCUGUUGUAAUGGGUUACUUAUUUGUUGCAGAAAGCAAGUGGGCUGCUUCUUUAGUUUUAUUCCUCCUGGAGUAUACCUCUAGAUCUCCCUUAUCUUCCUUCUCAGUGACAUGGCUUUCCCUUCUUCCUGUGCCUUUAAACUUACAUUUAAAUCCAGCACAAGUCAACAUUAAAAAUUGCCAAUGGAAAGUUAUAUAUUCUAUCUUUAAUUUAUUGAAAAGGCUUUAUAUUUUAUCCACCUCCCAGACUCAAAUCUCUGCACUGCUGUGAAGAGGUGACUACUAUCGGAAGAGAAGCAAUGGCCCUCCAGGAUUUAUACCCUUGAGGCUGUCUCUAGUCCCUGUUCCCUGGCGUAGUCUUCCUCUGUAAAUUCUUUUUACUUGGCUCAGCCUGUACUGUCUCAGCUUUGAUGCAGUGCAAAUGAUUGUGAGCCUGACUGCUUUCAACAUCAAACUUACUAAUUGGUGUCUCCACUCAGAACCACUUCAUUCUGCCUGGAAGCCAAAUUAAGCUUUCUUAGAUGUUUUGAUCAUGUUAUUCCCCUGCUGUACAGUGAGAAUUGAGUUAGUCAAGACUUGUAAAAGGGAGUUUAGCAGGCAGCAGAAGUCUAAGCAGUUUAGGGAUGCAGUCUAGGGAUUUAAGCUAAUUAAAUGUUAAGUGCCUGCUGUACAAACGAUUGUUAAAGCAUUAUGGUAGCUGCUAGGAAUACAAAUAUUUUUUAAAAUAGCAUACCUCCAAGAAGCUUAUUUUCUACUAGACAGAUACAAGUAGUAUAGAGAUAAAUAUAUUACAAGUUAAUGUGUGGUGACUGCAAAAGAGAGACCCAAGAGGAGGAGAAUACUUGUACCUGUACUGGAGAAGGGAAAAAUGAAAGGAGGCUUCAUGGAGAAGCAGUUCUGUGAAAUGAGUUUUGAAGGAAUGUGAGCCUUCAGAAAACAAGAAGUGAAGAUGAAGUGCAAUAGGGGACAGGUCUGCAGGAAGAUACAAGAUGGUGAGUUCAGAGAAUAGCUAAGUCACUGGACCAGGCUGUAAUGUAAGUUACAAAGGAAAUUCAUGUAAUAAGUUUGGGAGAGAAGGUAGGUUGGAGCCUUAAAAUUUAAGUCAGACAGCCUUGAAAGAAUGAUUUUCCUCUAGUGAAGAUAAGAAGGCCCCCACGAGUUUUGAGGUAUGCUCAUUCCCCAGUAGGAUGAUUUGUGUCAUCUCUGGAGGAUGGACUGUGGAUAAUAAUGAGUACAACUACUGUAGUGUCUGUUAACAGGGUGAAAGGUAGCAGUGCAAGACAUGUUUUAGAGGUGGAAGUGAGAUGAAUUCACAGCUGAUAAAUGGAAGAAAGAGGGGAGUCCAAGGUUAUGAGCUUGGGUGAGAGUUUUGGGAGCUUGGAUUGUGUUCCAAGCUGAGCUUGCUGCACUUAUAGGGCCAUCCAGGUGGAAAUGACCAUCAGCAUUUGCAGAUGAGGAAAUUGAGAUCACAUAGAGAUAAGGAUUAGAUAAUAUAGAUUUUUAAAAACAACACAGGAGCAAUGAGACUACCAAAGGGUAGAUGUCUUACAGCAGGAAUUAUGACUCCCCCUGAGGAUAAAUUUCAGGGUAUUCUAGAAUUUGAAUAAAGGGAGAAAAUAUAUCUUCAUUUUCACUGAAAUUUAGCAUUUCAUUAGGAAUGUAUGUAACAAACACUCUGAGAAGGUGUUUAUUGGUCUCCUUGGGUUUAUAGAGGAAUCAAUAGCAUAAAAAUAAGAGACAAGCAAAGAAAGCCCAGGCCAGAGUUAUGGAUACUAUUGCUCAGGUGGUGAAACGUGUUGGAUAACUGGAAGAGGAGCUGAAGCAGUGGUCAGCUAAGUUAAGAGGAGAGCCAUGAAAGAACUCUCUCAAAACAUUAUUUAGAAAUAAAGAUUAAGACUCACUUAAGUUUGGCAGACAUCACUAGCAAUAUGUGGGGAAAUAGUUUCAGUUGAGUUGUGGAGUCAUGAAUCAUAUUGCAAAGGGUUCAGGGGAGUGAAAAGAUGGAGAGGAAGCAACUCUAGAGAUUUGUCAAAGCAAAGGAGUGAUACCAGCCUGAUUGAGGAGAAAGUAAGGUCAAGGGCAGUGUGUAUGACAUAAUACGUUGGGCCCAUCAUCCAAAAGCUUUCUGCUCAGAAGCAAUUUAAACUCCAUCCUUAGGUAUAUUUCAAAGAGAAUUACUUGGAUCCCAGUCUUUUUUUUUAAAUUUAAUUUAAUUUAAUUUUAUUUUAUAAUAACUUUAUAUUGACAGAAUCCAUGCCAGGGUAAUUUUUUUACAACAUUAUCCCUUGCACUCGCUUCUGUUCCGAUUUUUCCCCUCCCUCCCUCCACUCCCUCCCCUAGAAGGCAAGCAGUCCUAUAUAUGUUAGAUAUGUUGCAGUAUAUCCUAGAUAUAAUAUAUGUUUGCAGAACCGAACAGUUCUCUUGUUGCACAGGGAGAAUUGGAUUCAGAAGGUAAAAAUAACCCGGGAAGAAAAACAAAAAUACAAAUAGUUCACAUUCAUUUCCCAGUGUUCUUUCUUUGGGUGUAGCUACUUAUGUCCAUCAUUGAUCAAUUGAAACUCAGUUAGGUCUCUUUGUCAAAGAAAUCCACUUCCAUCAGAAUACAUCCUCAUACAAUAUCGUUGUCGAAGUGUAUAAUGAUCUCCUGGUUCUGCUUAUUUCACUUAGCAUCAGUUCACGUAAGUGUCUUGGAUCCCAGUCUUUCAGGAUUUUGUGCUAAAUCACACUGGUGUGAACUUGCAAGAAUAUGGUAUACAACUCCUGUCUUCAGCUGUAAUAUUAUACCCAUAGCCUCCUUCAUGCCUACUGAAUCACUCGAUCUUCUUCCCAUUCAUUCAGUCUGUUGCUCCUGACCUGGCCUUCCCAAUCAACUACUUAAGCAUAACCACCAUUCCCUAAGGUUUGCCCUGUGCCUUACCUCUGAAUCCCUUCCCUCUCCCAUCUCCCAUCCUUAGCCUGGCAGCAUGACUGUAUGUGACAUCUUGUUCAAGACCCCAGCCCAGUCAACAUUUCUUUCUUUCUUUUUUUUUCAUUUAUCAGUUACAUUUCUUUAGGAGUUUCUUCUCUUUAAAUUUUCUUCCAAAAUUUUGUAUCUUAUCUCAUAUGCAUGUGCACCUGUCAUGUGUCUUCUCUCCCUGUCUCCCCAUUUAAUUGUAAACUUCUGGAUAGUAAAGAUCCAUUUUUUCCAGCUUUGUAUCCCCACUGCCUACUAUGGGGCUCUUUAUUGUCAUCACUUCAAAAAGUAUUAAAUUGAAUAGAAAUAGAAGUUUCUGAUAAAACUUCUGAUUGAAAGCUCACAAAUACUUUAUGGUUAGCAGAUCUCUUGGGGAAAAGCAGAAUUUAAGAGCCAUCCUCAAGGAGCUCAUGGUCUAGUAGGAAAUUGGGUUGCAAACACAAUUAUAAUAAAGUGUUGAAUGAUGAAAGCAUUGGAGAGUUACCCAUGUGCUGUGCAAGUCCCAAGGGGCAAUUAUCAAGAGAAUGAGAAUCCAGUGAGAUUUGCUGAAGGAGCUGAUAAUUUGAGUUGGGCCCUCAUGGAUACCAGUGAUAACAGAGGAAGAGAUGAGACAGAGGAGCAUGUUUAGAGCUAGAUGGCACAGUGGAUAGGGCUCUGGGCUUGCACACUGAUUUGGGAAACCUAUGUUCAAAUCCUGCCUUAGUCACUGAUCCCAGGCAAAUCACUUAGCCUCUCUAUUUUAAUGUUUAAAUUUGAGUUGGCAGGCCACUGAAGAGUUUUGAGCUAAGGCAUACCAUGUCCAGGCCUAGUUAAAAAAAAAAAAAAAAAAAAAAAACCACCAUUCUGGCAGUAGGACAAAGAUAAGAUUUUAGAGGAGAGACUUCUAUUUCAAUAAUUAUAAUGAGAUCUUGACUAAUGGCAAUGGGAAUAGGGAAAGAGUGGAUAUGGAGUUAGAUUGGGGAAUUACCUCUAUAAUGGUUAAAACUGGGAAUAAAUGAGAGCACAGUAAAAUCCAGGGACAGGACUUUAAGGAACACCAAGGAGAUUGUGCCAUCUCUCAUGCUGAUAUCCAGUGGGAGAGUGUGAUUAUCAAUAUAAAAAAAGGUAAGCUAAGUAGUGCAGUGGAUGGAGAAUUGGCCCUUGAGUCAAGUCAAAUCCAGCCCCAGAUACAAACUUUGUGACUCUUGGCAGGUCAUUGCUUCCAAAAAUAAACAAGUCAAGGAAUCUCUUUAAGAUUUGUUGUUGUUGUUUUUUCCUAAAUCUUGGAUCUGGCAAUCAGAUGGUCAUCAGGAACCUUAGCAAUUUCAGUGGCUUCAUGAGGGCAGAAUACCAAGGUGUUGAGAAGAGGUUAGGUAGUGGGGAAGUAAAUGAACGCAUGGUAGACGGCAUUCUCAUUGCUAAGCAAUCGAGGAAGGAAAGCAAUGGGAUGUUAGUUAGAUGAUUAGGAUGUAGGGAAGGCUAUUCUUUGUCAUUCAGGGAAGACCACAACCCAUAAGAUGAAGCCAAUAAUGAGGAAGAGAUGAAAGACUGAUGAGACAGAGAAGAAUGAUCCCUGGAGCAAGACCUUGGAGAGAAGGUGGUGAUAGGGAAAUAAGAUUAGCUUUAGUGAGUAGGAGAAAUAUUCUGGAGAAGAGAAGUUAUAAUGUAAGGUUUAAGGAAUGGAGGAAGGAGAUGAGAAAGCUUGUGUGAACUAUCCCUUCAACUGAGUGUUAGCCCUUCUGCCUUUUUUAUAUUAUUUAAUUUUACUAAUCUCCCCAACAUCUUUAUGCCUUUGUGCAUUCAGGGCAAGGCUAAUCUUUAGGCAUUUGACUUUGUUUGGUCCAUGAUUAACAGCUUUGGGCUCAGAGAUAACCACAACAGGCAAAACUGAGCCAUUCUUACCUGGGUUACUGGCCGUCUUGUGCUGUUUUCAAUCAACAAGCAUUUAUUAGGUGCCUAAUAAAUGUCAGGUACCAUAUCAGACUGUAGAGACACAAAGAUAAAAAUUAAACUGUCCCUGCUUUCAGAGAGUUUACAUUUUGUUAGAGGAGACAAUAUGCUUUUAUAAACAUAGAGGCAAAUGCAAAUGGACCAAUCACAAAGUAAUUUUUAUGGGGAAGGAAGCAGAAGCAAUUUAUGGAAUCAGGAAAGGUCUCAGGGUGUAAGAUGUUGUCUAAGCUGAGCUUUGAAGGAAAUGGGAUUCAGAGAUGGAGGUAAGAAGAAAACUCUGCAGACAUGAGGAAGAGCUAGUGCAAAGACUUGGAUAUGGAUAUGGAAGAUGCAAUCUUGUGUGUGAAAAACAAUAAGAAAUCCAAUUUAGAAGGAGGAGCAAGAAGGCUGGAUCAAAGAGUGUACAAAGGGAAAGGAUGCAUAAUAGGUUGAAGCCAGCUUUAGAAAGGGCCGAGAUUUCAAAUCACGUUUUGUCCCAAAUUCACUGUUUUUUCCAGGGUCAUUUCAUCAACCUAAAGUUGAAUCCAGUCCAAACUCCUCAUUUCAUAAGUCAGGGAAAUGAAACUCGGAGAGAUGAAUCAUGAUUUGCCCAAGAUCACACAACAGGUGAAUGGCAAAACAGAUUUAAUAUGGUGGUAAUUAAAAAAACAAAAAACUUUUAAGUUAGGAGAAGCUAGUGAGAGAACUCACUCGACAGGUAAUUAGAGUUGCCCAAAAUAGACCCUCUCUCCUCCUCUUCACAGUUUUAUGGCUUCCUCUACCUCUCUGGCUACACAUAGCUAGCAUCUUUUGAUCUUGCCCUUGAAAUUGCAAUUCAGCCUUUUCUUCUAUUCCCCUUCCUCCACUUUCACUCUCAUAAAUGUGCCUUUUUAUCCUUAGAGAGGCUAAUUACAGAAUCACAGAACUGAAAGAGCUAAGCAACUAUCUAGUUCAACCUGUCCCUGAAAAAGAAUUCUGGCUACCUGACAAGUGGUCAUCCUUUCCCUGAAGUCUUCUAUAAAGGGAAGCUCAUUACAAAAGAAGACAGGUCCUUCUGGUUUAUUCAGCUCUGGUGGUUAGAGAUUUUUUGUUUCUUCGGUUUUCCUGAUGUUAAGCCUAAGCUUUGCAGCAAUGAACAGGAAUCCAUUGUUCCUGGUUCACUCUUCUGGGGCCAAACAGUGUGUUGAAUCCCUCUUCCAUGUAACAAACAACCUUUCAUAAAUUAAAGGCUAAGCUUCAUAAACUGAAGGCUAAAUUCUUUCAACCAGUCCACUAAUGACACACACUCAAGGUCCUUCAUCAUUCCGGUUGUCCUCCUCUGGAUGUUCUGAAAUUUGUCCAUGUCCUCCCUAAAAUGUGGUGCUCAGAAAUAAACACAGAUGUGAUUUCUGGUUUUUUUUAAGGAAGCAUAAGGAAGGCACUAUUACUUGUUCACAGAAUGUGUAGGGGGACAUAUGAUACAAGAAGGUGGGAAAGACAGGAAGGACUUUGAAUACCAAAGAGAGAAUUUUAUAUUUGAUCUAGAAAUGUCUCAAGUAAUUCCAUGAUUUCUUCUCUCCCUUCACUCUUAAGACUAUGGCUUUCUAAAAUGUGACCUCAUAUAGCUUCAGUCUUUCCUUCAAUAGUUCCUUUCUGAGUGUGGAAAAACUCCUAAUUCUAAAAAUGCCUUUCGUCAGCCUUUCUAUCAUCAAUCAACUUCUGUCCCAUCUACUGUCCUCUUCUCAUUCACUGAUAACCUCUUUUUUAUUUAAUAGUUUUCCUCUAAUUACAUGUAAAAACAAAUUUUUAAUCUUUUAUUUUUUUACCUGGAAAGUACAUGUACUAAUGAAAAAUGAAGUGACGAGAACCAGGAGAACAUUGUAUGCAGUAUCAGCAACAUUGUGUAAAAUUUGACUAUAAUUGAUUUAGCACUUCUCAGCAUUACAGUAAUCCAAGACAAAUACUGAUGACUCUUGAUAGAAAAUGCUGUCUAGCUUCAGAGAAAGAACUGAUAAAAGUCUGAAUAUGAGAUCAAGAAUACUAUUUUCACUUUUUUGUUUUUUUUUCCUUUUGCUCUUUUUUUCACAGCAUGACUAAUAUGAAUAUAUGUUUUAUAUAUUUUACCUCUCUCAAAUCGCUUAGUUUUAAGGAAAGAAGAUUUGAGGGAAGGAGAAAAUUUGGAACUCGUAAUUUUAUGUGAAAAAAUGAAUCUUAAAAUAACUGUCUUUACAUAUAAUUGGAAAAAAUAAAAUUUUAUUUAAAAGAAAAAAUUCUUAAAAAUUUUUUGAGAGAAAAGGAUCUAUGUGUACAAAAAUGUUUGUAGCAGCCCUCUUUGUAGUGGCAAGACACUGGAAAUUGAGUGAAUGCCUAUCAGUUGGAGAAUGGCUGAAUAAGUUAUUGUAUAUGAAUGUUGUGGAAUAUUAUUGUUUUGAAAAACAUUUUUUGAGUUCCAAAUUCUCUCACUGUUUCCCUCCCCUUUCCACCUGAUUGAGAAGGUAUACAAUUUGGUAUAGAUGAUAUAAGGCGUUCAAGGUUAACUUUUGUCAUAUACCUGAUGCCUCUUUAACAUCACCACCAGCUACUCUCUCCUUCCACCCCUAAGAUCACCAUAUCCAAUGACCUUUUUUCAGUCUUCAGCUUUCUUGACCACUGUACCACAAUCGAUACUGGUGACCAUCUCCCCUACUAGAUUCUCUCUCUUUACAUGGCUUCCAGGAUGCAGAACCAUAGAAUUUGAACUUUGGAAGGGACUUCAGUGGCCAUCUAGCCCCAUGUCCCGUGCUUUUGGUUUUGUUUUCCUUAAUCCUAUUCCUUUCCUUGGAAUGUCUUCUCUCUCCCUUUUACCUGCUGGCUUUCUCCGAGUCUCAGUUUUCUCAUUUGUAAAUCGGAAAUAAACAAUCUAAUGUGUCCUA